AUGGGCUCUGUGAAUUCCAGAGGUCACAAGGCAGAGGCCCAGGUGGUAAUGAUGGGCCUCGACUCUGCUGGCAAGACCACAAUCCUGUACAAACUGAAAGGAAACCAGCUGGUGGAUACCCUACCCACUGUUGGUUUUAAUGUAGAGCCUCUUGAGGCUCCUGGACAUGUGUCACUGACUCUCUGGGACAUUGGGGGACAGGCCCAGCUCAGAGCUACCUGGAAGGACUACCUGGAAGGCAUCGACCUCCUUGUGUAUGUGCUGGACAGCACAGAUGAAGCCCGCUUGCCUGAGGCAGUGGCUGAGCUCAAGGAAGUCCUGGAAGACCCCAACAUGGCCGGUGUCCCCUUCUUGGUACUGGCCAACAAGCAGGAGGCUCCUGGUGCUCUGCCGUUGCUUGAAAUCAGAAACAGGCUAGGCCUGGAAGGGUUCCAAAAGCAUUGCUGGGAGCUACGGGCUUGCAGCGCUCUCACAGGACAGGGGCUGCGGGAAGCCCUGCAGAGCCUGCUGCAUUUGCUGAAGUCCCGCUAA